UGGAAGAGGUCGAGUCAAUGGAUUCCGUCCGUUGAUCGAACGCGACAAAAUUACAACCCACCUUCUACGAAACAAUACCCAACAACCGAUGAAGACUUCUUGUUGUUGACUUGUGCGAUCACUCUUAUAGCUUCUUCCCAGACGGAACCGGUUACUUCUUUCGACUCUCUGGUUAGUCUUUUGCAUCGUUUCCUGAUUCAUUCCUUUCUCCAGAGAAAACAAUGCCGGUUGGAGAGCUCUUUCUUGCUGCGUUCCUUCAAGUGUUAUUUGACCGAUUGGCUUCACCCGAGUUGCUGGCCUUUGCACGCCGAGAGGGACUUAAAAAAAAGCUGGACAAGUGGCGCAAGAUGUUGUCAAUGAUUCAAAAGGUGCUUGAUGAUGCAGAGGAGAAGGAAUUACAUGCUCAGAGUACUGCAGUGAAAGAGUGGCUGGAGGAUCUCAAAGACUUGGCCUACGAUGUGGAGGACAUACUCGAUGAGUUUGCCACAGAAGCUUUGCGAUGCAAAUUGAAGGUCAAAAAUCAGGCUAGUACUAGUAAGGUACGGAAUCUCAUCCCUGCUUAUUUUAGUGGUUUGAGUCCCUAUGCUAUUAUGUUGAGAACUAGGCUGGAGUCAAAUAUCAAGGACAUCACUACUCGAUUUAAAGAUCUAGUGGCACGAAAAGGUGAACUCAAUUUGAAAGAACUUGUAGACAGGAGGUCAGAAAAAAUUAGAGGGACAGAACUGGCCCCAACUUCUGUAGUGAAUGAAGCUCGUGUUUAUGGCAGGGAAGGAGAUAAAAAGGCUUUACUUGAUUUAUUGAAAUGGCAAGCUCAAGAAUCAGUGGACACUCAAGUUUCUGUGAUUCCAAUACUUGGAAUGGGGGGUAUUGGAAAGACAACACUUGCGCAGUUAAUAUACAAUGACCAAGAAGUCGAAAGUUUGUUUGAUCUUAAAGCUUGGGCUUGCGUUUCUGAAGAUUUUGAUGCCGUUCGGGUUACAAAAACAAUUUUAAGAUCUAUCAGUCCUGGAAGUCGUGAUGAUAAUGAUCUAAACUUGUUGCAAAUCGGACUAAAGGAGGCGCUGAAAGGGAAGAAAUUUCUAGUCAUUCUGGAUGAUCUUUGGAAUGAUCGUUAUCAUGACUGGACAAUCCUAUUUACUCCUUUCGAAGCAGGGGCUCCAGGAAGUGUAGUUAUUGUCACAACUCGCAAUCGAGAAGUUGCAAAUACUACACGUACCACUGAAGCUUACCAGCUGGGUUUGUUGUCAAAUGACGAUUCUGUGUCCAUAUUUACCCAACAUGCCUUGGGGGCAAAAGACUUUUCUUCACACCCACACCUCAAAGAUUUUGGUCAGGAAAUCGUUCGAAAAUGUGAAGGCUUGCCUUUGGCAGCAAAAGUACUUGGAGGCCUCUUACGUUCAAAACAGGACCGUGAUGCCUGGGAGGAAAUAUUGAAUAGCGAGAUAUGGAAUAUUUUAGAGCAGAGACGUGAAAUCGUUCCAGCUCUUAUGUUGAGUUACUACCAUCUCCCAUCACAUUUGAAGAGAUGCUUUGCUUACUGUUCUAUACUCCCUAAAGAUUAUGAAUUUGAGGAGAAGGAGGUGGUUCUAUUAUGGAUGGCAGAAGGUUUGAUUCAACCACAACAAAAAGAAAAGGAAAUGGAAGAUUUGGGUUCGAAGUAUUUUCAGGAUUUGUUGGCAAGGUCAUUUUUCCAACAAUCCAACAACAAGAAAUCUCGAUUUGUGAUGCAUGACCUCAUCAAUGACUUGGCUAAAUCUGUUGCAGGAAAUACAUGCUUUAGAAUGGAAGAUAGAGUUGAGGGUAGUAAACAAGGGAGUAUUUUUAAAAAGGCUCGCCAUGUGUCUUACCUGGGUUACUUUCAUGAUGGCUUUAAAAAGUUUGAGGCCUUUUCUGAACUCACAUGGUUACGUACCUUCUUACCUCUAAUGUUGCCACAGCUUGGGUGGUGUUAUUUGACCAGUUAUGUUUCUCUUGAAUUGUUGCCAAAAUUACAAUGCUUAAGGGUGCUCUCAUUGAAAGGUUACCACAUAACCAAGAUAUCGAAUUCAAUUGGUGAUCUCAAGCAUCUACGGUAUCUUGACCUGUCUUACACUUGCAUCACCAGCUUGCCUGAAUCAACAACCACUCUUUACAAUUUACAAACAUUGUUGUUAGAACAUUGCGCAUGUCUAGAGAAACUACCUUCAACAUUUGGGAACCUGGUCAACUUACGUCACCUCAAUAUUUUACAAGCAAGAUCACUAAAAGAAAUGCCUCUGCAUAUAGGCAAAUUAACUUGUCUUCGAACGUUGUCAGAUUUCAUUGUGGGAGAAGAUUGUUGCUCGGGGUUGAAGGAGCUAGGGUCUUUGUCCUAUCUUCGAGGGAGACUCUCCAUUUCAAAAUUGGAGAACGUGAUUGUGCCAGAGGAUGCAAGGGGCAUGAAUUUAAGUGAUAAGCCAAAACUUGAUGGGUUGUCAUUGGGAUGGAGUGAAGACAUUGAUGACUCAAAGGACAGAACAAGUGAAAAGGAGUUUCUUAACUUGCUGCAGCCUCACAAAGUUUUGAAAGAACUGACUAUCAGAUGCUACGGGGCUACAGAAUUUCCGACAUGGUUAAACCGCCCUUCCCUUCCUUAUCUGGUAUUCUUGACUAUUGAAAAUUGUAAAAAGUGCACAUCAUUGCCCCAUUGGGCAAACUUCCAUCACUCAGAGUCCUUUCGAUCGCAGGUAUGGCUAGCAUGAAGAGUAUGGGUCCUGAAGUUUGUGGGGAUGGUUUGUCACAACCUUUUAGAUCCUUGGAGACUCUAAAUUUCAAGAAUAUGGUGGAGUGGGAGAACUGGAGUCCUUGUGAAGCAUUCUUCUCAAACUUACGUGAACUCUCUAUUAAAAAUUGUCCCAAGCUGUCGGGAAAUUUACCAAACCACCUUCCUUCACUUGAAAAUGUUGAGAUAGAUGGAUGUUGUCGGAAGUUAAUGGUCUCAAUUUCGAGCUUUCCAGAUCGAUGCAAAAUAAAAUUUGAGGGAUCAGAAGGGGUGGUGUGCAGAAGAGAAGUUGAUUUUAGCUCGCUGAAUUUGAAGCACCUUUCAACAAUUUCAGAGUUUUGAGUCUCAAAUGAAAGUGUUGAUUACAAUGGGGGGGCUAGCAAAUGUACAAAAGUUAGAGGUUGAUGGAUGCAUGGAACUGACGCACUUGUGGUCAAAUGCGGUGGGAUCAUUUCCGCAUCUCCCCAGUCUUCGUCAUCUGCAGGUUUCUGAUUGUCCAAAACUAGUUUCGUUGGUAGCUAAAGGCCAGCUGCCUCCAACUCUAAAGGAACUAAGUAUACGGGAUUGCAAUAAUAUUCAGAUUUUGGUGGAGGAGGAUGACACGGCCAACAGCUGCGGCAGCAACGGUGACAACACCAUAUCUCAUGAUCUUCAGGAUUUGUACAUUCUCAACUGUCCAUCCCUCAAAUCCCUAAUAUCAAGUGGUGAAUUACCAACAACACCUCAAACAUUACGGAUUGGUUCAUGUCCAAAGCUAGAGUCAAUAGCGAAGGAAUUACAUCAUAAUUCAUUGCUUAAAUCCAUUGACAUUUAUUAUUGUGGAAACCUUAAAUCUUUACCCACCGGUAUACACAGUCUCGGCCAUCUAAGCAAUAUUAGGAUUGAAGGUAGUCCAAGUCUCGAUUUCUUACCGGACGGUGAGUUGCUCCCUGCCAACCUGACAAGGCUUGAUCUUGCCCGCUGCGAGAAAAUCCAGGCCGUGGUCAAUCGCACACACACUUGCACCUCUCUUCAAGCUUUGACGAUGGGGGAAUGUCCAAGAGCACUUGUAUGCUUUCCAGAAGAAGGUUUUCCCACCAACCUAACAUCUCUUCGGAUCGAUGAUAGCAGUAUCGCUCAGGGCUUGUUUGAGUGGGGGUUGCACAGGAUUACCUCUCUCAAAGUUCUUAAAAUUUGCGAUGGAACUUCGCACCUGGUGUCCUUUGCAGAGAUGAAGCUGCCUAGUUCUCUAAUCGAGUUGAAGAUGGUUAACUUUCCGAAGCUGGAAUACUUGUCUCCCGAGGGCUUUCGAAACCUCACAUCACUUCAAGGGUUGUGUAUAUCUAAUUGCGAAAAACAUAUCGCGUCCUUACCAAAGAAGGGCCUACCUCCCUCACUCCGAAGACUUUGGAUUACUGAUGGUAAAAAGUUAACGUCAUUUCCAACAAACUGCCUACCUCCCUCACUCCUGACGUUAUGUAUCUACAGGUGUCCUCUCUUGGUAGAAUGGUGGAAAAAAGAACGAGGACGGGAGGGGUCUACGAUAGCCCGCAUUCCCCAUGUAGAUAUAGAUGAAGACUUGAUUGGUAAAUAGAGUUUUGAGAUUUGUAUAUAUAUGUAAAUUUGAAAAUUCGGUUGCGGAUGGUUGGAUUAGAAAACAGGGAUUCAUACAUAUUUAUUUUUCUCAGUGAUCCAAAAACUGGAAUUCCGGAGGACUAAAUUAAAGAGAUAAAUAAAUUAUGAAUUGAGUUUUAUAA